AUGAGUACCUCGUGGAUAAGCUUCCUGUAUAAACACAUAACAGGAGAAGAAGAAAAUGAACGAGCAUCCAGCUCAUUGGAUGUCCUUUCUAAAGCUAAUAUAUGGAUUAAAGAUCUCCCGACCAAUAACUUAGAGCCGCUUGAGGAAUCUUUUGGAGCACGCAGAAUGAAGAUGAAGGGAAAGAAGGAGAUGGAACUGCAAUUGGGGAAAAAGAUGACAGUCCUCGAACAACAAUACCUAGACAGAGAGAAAGAACUUAUAAAGAAGAACUCUGCUUUGGAAAAUGAACUGAGAGAAUCACGAGAGAAAAUGAACGAUCUUCGUAUCCAGCAAGAAAAGGACAACGAUGCCCUUAAGACUGAAAUUAAAGACUUGAAGGAGACUCUGGUUAUAAGGGAACAGAGACAUAAAAAACAAAAAGAACUUUUGAAAAAAAAGGAAACUAAUGCUCAGACUGAACUGAACAAAGCUCGGGCGGUCAUUUCAAAUCUUUCUGAAGGGAUGAUGGCCCGUGAAGCGACUCUCUCUGUAUCAAAGGAGACAAUCAGUGAGAAAGAAGAAAAAAUCAAACAGCUUACGUCUCAGAAAGAGACUUAUAAAAAUGUUGUAAAAACUAUGACCGCUGACAUUCGACAUUACAACAAGCAACUGCAGAGAGCUACAGAUGAUGUUGACAAAAUCAGAGAAAAACUGGAGUUUUGUCGAGCCGAUAACUCUCAACUGGUUAGACAAAACAAUUUCCUUCAGAACCAGGUCGAAGAAUUGAAGGAAAAUCUGAAAAAAACAAGUGAUGACAAUCAGAAACAGAUGAUUGAGAUGGAAACAACGGUGGUGAAUGCCGAAACAAAGCUGAAGGAAUUGUCAGAAGUUAACUCUAAGUUAGUGAAACAGAUCAGUUUCCUUCAGAAUGAGGACAAACAGAUGCAGUUUGAUCUUCACGAAAACAGAAAUAGGGAGAGGCUUGAAGAAAAACUUGAAAUGAUUAACCAAUUGAACCGUGAUCUGAACAAAACAUAUACUGAGGCGACCGUAGAAAUACUAGCUGGUGUCUAUGACGACCUACAACUUACACAGCUCGAUGUGUCAAGCUGGGCUUAUUUUCUCCCAGAACAGAAAAAUCCUUUGCUCAUAAAGGAGACUAAAGGCGAUGAAGCAAACGAAAAGAAGACAGAAAAAGUCAAAGAGUACAGCGAGCCUCGCCCGUCAAUGUUAUCAUCUGCAACCAGCGAUUCAAUGAAAGAAACUUUGGUGCCAGACACCUGUCUGAGAAAAAGACAUAGGUGUGGUCAAAAUAAGGGAUUCUCCUGCAAAAGCAAAACAGCUGAUCUUUUGACCAUGCCUACUGCAGGUGGCCCCAUCAAGCUGCACCAAGCACCCCUUUCUCCCGUGUUUACAUCAUUAUCGACAUCUGAUGUAGGCAGAGUAAAAAAGGAUGACGACUGGCUGGAUAGGAACCAAGAAAACUUUGUACCUUUCUCUCAAAAGGAAUUACAACAGCUGGCAACAACGAAUUCUGCCCUUAAACAGCAGGUUAACCAGCUACUAGAAGAGCUAGUCCGUGAAAAGGGCGCUGCGAGGAGAAACUAUUUCAAAAGAUCAGAAUUGAUGCACGACCUCAACGUAAUAGUUACUAAGAAGCAAGCUGAAUGGACGACAGCGAUAUUAACUGGUGGCUUUGAUUACGAUUCUGAUCGAGCUCUGAAUGAAAGACAUUCAGAAGGAAAAGAUGAAAAAUAUUUUGCAAAGAAAGGAAACUCAUCCUUCGAGGUGGCCAAAGAAGAAUGCCCUCUUCAGGAUGAUGAAAAGCCAGAUGAUUUUCAGGAAAAGUCGGAUCGUGAGUCCUCUGAGAAGAAAAAGCUUAAGUCCCCGACUGAGAAAGGGAAGACAUCUUCCGAGGCGGAAAAAGCCGGUGCCUGUCGAUUAGCAGAAGAGGGCAACUCAUCCUCAGAAGCAGCAAAAGGGAACACUGCUAUAACUACACCAGCUACUGCAUAUGAAGUGAACAACGACGACUGGCUUUCCCAGAACCAAGGGAACUCCAACCCCCCCUGGAAAACCGAAGGUCAAGGAUUCUUUGGCAACAUGUUUUGGGGAUUGUAUUAUCACGCUUCCUCAAACCUAUAGGUUUCCUUGCUCCAGGACCAUCCUUGCAAUUAUCAGUUGUAACUUAGUAUUGUAAAAAUGUCGAGAAACGAUUGAGUUUAAAUAUAGUAACAUAAGUAGCUACUAUGUAG